GGGGAUUGAAUGUGGGCGUAAGUGAUCAGGACAAGAGGAGGAGUGGGAGUGGGAGUGCGUUGUAGACAGGCAACGUACUCUGCAAAACGAACUCUAUUCCUCCCACUCCCAGAAGUGAUGGAAUGGAUUGGAGCAGGAGGGCAAAUGCGUCAAUCAACACCAAAGCUGUGUUAUAUAUAAAGCCGAAGCCACUCUCCAGCUACCUCACAAGCCUUGGUAUCUGAGAAAGAAAUGGGAGAGCCCGCAGGCAUGUACCAGCUCCUGAACCACUCCCCUGCUGCUUCCUCCAGGACCCUCCGCAAGUCUCAGCAGUCCCAGCCCUCGUCGCCUCGCAUUUUUCCCUGCCGUUACUGCCCCCGCAAGUUCUGCACCUCCCAGGCACUCGGCGGCCACCAGAACGCCCACAAGCGAGAGAGAGCCGCCGACCGCAACCUCAGCCCCGCCGACGGCCGCCACCCUCCCCAGUCCCGCCACUCCCAUUUCUUCGACCCCUACUGGCUCCAUGUCGACCCCAUUCAUUUCUCCCCCCCUGCUCCCCCUCCUUCCUCCUCCUCACCCCCUGCUCCUUCCGAUCCUCUCCUCGACCACGUCAACCACCUCGACCUCACCCUUCGCUUAUGAAUAUCCUUCCACACCGAAGCGUCUCUCUUUUCCUGCGCAUCGCUUGGGGACCUCCUCCUGCUGCCUCCGGCUGCUUUAAGUUUAUCUUUCCACUUGUUGCUAUUUAUAUAUUUGUACAUGCUCGCUUCA